AUGGCAUCUUAAUCAUGUUCUACUAACAUAUUUAUUUAAUUAAAAACUCCAGCCGUAUUUUACAAAGUUAUAAAUGCACACGUGUGGGGCUCAUAGCCAGAUAAGCUCAUUCCCCAAACUCUCUCACAACAAUCUCACCUCCUCCUUUUGCUUUGCAGCUUUCUCUCUGAGUUUCAGUAUUGGAAACUCGUUUAAAUGCCUAGAAUUUUAGAGCCGUUGGAUCUAGGAAUCCAAAUACCAUACCAUUUCAGAUGUCCAAUCUCACUCGAGCUGAUGCGUGACCCUGUAACCGUCUGCACCGGUCAAACCUACGACCGAACAAGCAUCGAGUCAUGGGUCUCCACAGGAAACAACACGACAUGUCCUGUCACACGUGCUCCUCUCUCCGACUUCACUCUCAUCCCAAACCACACUCUCCGCCGCCUCAUCCAAGAAUGGUGCGUCGCCAACCGCUCCAACGGCGUCGAGCGUAUCCCUACCCCCAAACAACCCGCCGACCAAACCUCCGUCCGAGCUCUCCUCAGCCAAGCCUCCGCCACGUGUGGAACUCACGUCUCCUUCCGCUCCCGCGCCGCCGCUCUCCGCCGUUUACGUGGCUUCGCGCGCGAUUCCGAGAAAAACCGCGUUUUGAUCGCGGGGAAUAACGGUAAAGAGAUUCUAAUCAGGAUUCUUUUCUCGGACAAAGAAUCUCCGGAGCUGGUCUCCGAAUCUCUCGCUCUUCUAGUUAUGUUCACUAUGACAGAGCCUGAUCAGUGCGUUUCUAUCAUCUCGGAUCCAAACCGGGUCGAGUUUCUGACCCGGUUACUAUUCCAUUCAUUAAUAGAAACGCGCGUUAACGCUGCCGCGUUGAUAGAGAUUUUAUUGACGGGAUCGAAGUCAGCUGAUAUUAAAGAAACGGUUUCGAACUCUGAGUCCAUGUUCGAAGGAGUUCUCGAUCUUCUUCGUAACCCUACGGUGACGUCACACCCACGGCGAGCUCUCAAGAUCGGAGUCAAAGCGUUGUUCGCGCUCUGCCUAUCAAAAAACACGCGUCACAUCGCGGUCUCAUCCGGUGCGCCGGAGAUUCUAGUCGACAGACUCGCGGCGGGUUUGGACAGGUGCGACACGGAGAGAGCGUUAGCGACGGUGGAGCUGCUUUGUAGAUCGCCGGAGGGAUGCGCGGCGUUCGGUGAGCACGCUCUGACGGUGCCGGUGCUCGUGAAGACGAUUCUGAGGGUUUCGGAUCGCGCGACGGAGUACGCGGCGGGAGCGUUGUUAGCGCUUUGCGCGGCGGAGGAGCGGUGGAGAGACGAGGCUGCGGCGGCGGGAGUGGUGGUUAGGUUGUUGUUGGUGGUGCAGAGUGAGUACCACAUGUUCUCAAAAUCCAUCUCGGAAGCAAACUCAAAGGAAGAUAUAAAUAAAAUAAGUUGGGAAGAGAAGAAGACGGUGAGAACUGAUAUAAAGACAGAGGAGAAGGAGAGAUUUUAA